GAGAAAAGGAGGGAGGAGACGGGGACGGGAGCGUUAAAAGGAGGCAGCUGAAUGACAGCGGCCGCUGCCGGCCGAGGACCGAGCACUGCCCGGCUAUGGAGAGCCGAGAGGACGCCGAGUGCGAGGCGGCGUUCGCCGAGGCGCGGAGGUGGCUGGAGACAGUUACUGGGAAAAGCUUUGAAACCAAAGACUUUCGAGCAGCUCUAGAAAAUGGAGUCCUGUUGUGCGAUUUGAUUAACAAGAUCAAACCUGGCAUUGUUAAGAAGAUCAAUCGUCUGUCAACUCCAAUAGCUGGCUUGGAUAAUAUAAAUGUUUUUCUGAAAGCUUGCGAAAAUAUUGGACUGAAAGAAGCUCAGCUUUUUCAUCCAGGAGAUCUUCAGGAUUUGUCCAAUCGAGUUACAGUCAAACCAGAGGAGACCAACAGAAGAGUGAAAAAUGUUUUGAUUACAUUAUACUGGCUUGGGAGAAAAGCACGAAGUAACCCUCAUUAUAAUGGUCCAUACCUCAAUCUUAAAGCAUUUGAGAAGUUAUUAGGGCAAGCAUUGACCAAGGCACUUGAAGAGUCUAGCCACCUGAACAGAAGUGGCAGGGAUAGUGGGUACGGUGAUAUUUGGUACGUGGACCGGGGAGAGCCCUUUCCACCUUCAGCUAGCCAUAAAAGAGACGAUUCCUUCGAUAGCUUGGACUCUCUUGGCUCAAGAUCCUCCACAAGCUUUUCAUCAGACAUAACCUUGAAAGGUGGCAGUGAAGGUUGUGAUAGUGACACAGACUCAGAAUUGCCUUUCAAAAUGCGUGACUCCCAUAAAGAUGACAGGUCUUACCGAAGGAUUUCUGUGAUUGAACCAAAACCUACUACUGACUUCAAUCGCUUCUUACCCAACAAAAACAAGCAGCCAACGUAUAUGCCAGCGCCCUUAAGGAAGAAAAGGACAGAGAAGAAUGAGGACAAUAGGAGGAGCUGGGCAAGUCCUGUCUACACAGAGUCAGAUGGAACAUUUUCAAGUGGACAUGAAAGGAAUCCCGUAGCUUCCUGCCAAAAUAGCAGAGCAGAGUGUGGGCUCACAAAUCCAGCUUCCCUCCAGAUGGUCUAUGAGUAUGACAGUGGCUCUGAUUCAGAAGAUGAAAGAAGGCUGCCCGACGUGGUUAUGGAUGACUUAGCAAAACGUAGAUUUCUAGUCAAAAAGAGCCCUGUAAGCUCUGCUGCACCUGGACAUCAUUUCAUGUUGCGCAAUGACUCUUCUAAAUCUUGCUCACAAGAAAAUGAUCCAGCUGGUCCACUAGCUGCAAUGCUUGAACCACUGAGUAACCAGGGGAGGCAGAGGCAGUUGGAUACUAAAGUGGAAAACAAACCAAGAGUUAACAUUUCUUCAGAAUUAUCUGGGUAUUUUGAUGAGGACGAGGAAGAAGAAAUAGGCAUCCCAAACAUCGAAAAAGAUGAUCUCUAUUUUCGCAAGCUAAAUUCUUCAGCGUCAAAUACAGUGGUUGCUUUUGACAAAUUUCUUCCUAAGUUUUGGACUCCAGAAGAAGAAUUACUAUGGAAAAAAAUCAGGAAAUCCUCUUUCAAACCCUGGUAUAAAGAGAUUCAAGGGUUCAGUAGAAAGAAAUCAGAUUCUGAGGAUGAGAGAUAUGCUUAUAAACAAAGCUCUGCAAUUGUUGCUAAUCAACCAAGACCAAGUUUCGAAUGGACCAGCAGUUGCAGAAGGGAUCAAAGCUAUAAGCCAACUGCUGAGUAUGUGGGAAGCUCGUUGACACAGAUUACAGAAGGAAAAAUCUUGGAGGCUUCUGACCAGCCCAGUCAGUUUUCGUUACUUCAGGCCCUGCAAAAAUACUCUGACUACUUGUCUUCUGAAACGAAGACCAAAAUUGAUCCUACUUCUGGCCCUAGGCUCAUAAAAUGUAGAAAGAAUAUUUCCUUUAUACCAGGAUGUGACCAAGGAGACAAUGAAAAUCUAUAUCUGUAUCCAGAUUUAGAAAAUGAUGACUUGUUUGUUCGCAAAACUGGGGCUUUCCAUAUGAAUCAAGUUGUUCUCCAAGACCCCCAGUAUUUUAAAAAAUUCUCUGAGCAAGAGCCUCUUAUAGAGGGUGAAAUAAUUCUGCAGCCUAGAGAAGGCCAAACUGUUAUUCCAGACUUGGAAAAGGAUGACAUGAUUUUUCGUAAAAUCCUCUCUCAGAAAAAAGAGGUGCCUUUAUCAGGUGCUCCAGACAAGUACCACCCUGCACUCUUUCCUGAUCCUUGGAGUCUUCCUGAGGAAAUACGGUCCAAAUUUCUAUGUUUACUUGAAAAGAGUGCAACACCAGAGGACAGAAAGAGCAAUGGUAGAGUGUUGUCACCGUCUUCCCGACAUAAGAAGGACGACAUGCUGACACGCAAGAUUGAAUCUUGGAAAGUGGGAAGCAACGCACAGCCAGUAAAUUUUAUCCCAGGUCCAUGCAGUGAAGAAGACUGGAAGAAGUGGGAAGCAAUCAGAGAGGCCAGCAAAGUUAGACACAAGAAGCGUCAGAUGGUGGAGAGACUGUUUCAAAAGCUUUCUGAUGAGCAAGGGAGUAAAUCUUUGAAUGAUGUCAGUGCAGAGGAGCUACAGUCGUUGCGCAAAAUCCGUUAUGAAGAACUGCAAAGGAUAAAAGAACAGCUGCAAGAACAAGAUCUGAAGUGGCAAGAAGAUCUAGCAAAAUGGAAGAAUCGUAGAAAGAGCUUCACUUCAGAAUUGCAAAAGAAAAAGGAAGAAAGAGAAGAAAUAGAAAGGAGAGCCUCUGAGGUUUCUGAUAGGAGCAGCAAGUCACUGAAAGAAAUGCAGCAGGAAAGGGAGGAUAGAGAUCAAGACUCCUACAGGCAGAGAAAAUAUGAACACAGAUGGACAUAUUCACUGAACGAUGAUGUGUUUACUGAAGAAAAAGAACCUUCUACACGGUCAGUGGUGAAAGAUUACCUUUUGGAAGAUGAAACCUCCUACAGCACUAAAGACAGCAAAAGCCUGUCUGCUGCUCAAAGGAGCAAGGAUCGUCUGCCAAAGCAGGAGAGUUCUGCCACACGUGAAGCUCCUGCUCCCUCAAAGAGCCUGGCAGAAGAGCGGAGCUCAUCUCUUUUGUCUACGCUCUACUCAGUGAAUGCUCAAACUGGGUCAGCUCAGGUUUCAGCUUCUCUCCCUAGAAGUUACCAGAAAACCGAUACCUCCAGGUUAACAUCUGUGGUUACACCAAGACCUUUUGGUGUCCACUCAAGAGGAAUCUCCUCACUUCCACGGUCGCUCACGAUGGAUGAUACCCAGAAAUACAAUGGAGAAGUGGAAAAAGCUAAAAGAACUCAAACUUUAUUAACUAGCAGUUCAUUUUCACUACCAGACUCUUCAUACUCUCUCUCUACCAGUGUACUUGGAAGCAGAGGUGAGGAGGAGGAGGAAAAAGGUGUUAAGACAACACCUACUUGUAGUUUGACAUUACCUGUAAAACCCCAAGACCAAGAUGCCAGAAGCAGUAUUCUUAAACCAGAAUAUUGUUCUCCUCCUGAUUCUGUUUCACUUGCAUCUUCUGCAGAAAAUGUGAGUCUGCCAGAGCAUGAGGAUUCAAAAUCCCUGGAACAGUACAGUGAAUUGAGAAUCAAUAUAAACCAGAGACCUGGCCACAGUCGCAACUUUGGGUUUACAACAAAUUGGACUUCAUCAGGGGCCUUUGUACAAACAGUUGAAGAAGGUAGCCCUGCAGAACUUUGUCAGCUGCAUGUAGGUGAUGAGAUCAUUGCUAUCAAUGGCACAAAGGUUUCACAUAUGGACUAUAGUCAGUGGGAAGAAGCCAUCAACAGAGCACUAGAAACUGGAAACCUGGUCAUGGAUGUUAGACGAUAUGGAAAGAAUGGUGCAUCUGAAAAUAAAUGGAUUGAUGCAACCUCCGGAGAACGUGUUUCGAACGUUUCUACCAUAUCAUCAAAAAGAGAAUUCUCCAGCAGCUUUCAAAGUUCUGGUACAGAAACAAAGUUGAUAAAUGGAAUGCAAGGAGACCUUGGAUCUAAUGAACAAAGAGCAUCCGAACCAAUUUCUUUGAAAAACUUAAAAAGACGGUCACAAUUUUUUGAACAAGGAGGCCCGGAGCCUGCACUGCCUGAUCUCCCAGUCCCAUCCAUUAGUGCUUCAAGUCGUCGGGUUUGGGAUCAAGAGGAAGAACGAAAACGACAGGAAAAAUGGCAAAAGGAGCAGGAUCGUUUACUGCAGGAGAAAUACAAACGAGAACAAGAAAAACUGAGGGAAGAAUGGCUGCGAGCUAAGCAAGAAGCCGAAAGAGAGAACUCCAAAUAUUUGGAUGAGGAGCAGACCGUUCUAACCUUAAACACGCUCUCUGUCUCUGCACGGGCUCCAUCUGUGUCCAGCUGGGGGGCAAGCCCUGAAGCAAGUACUCCUGAGGAGCCAGAAGAUGUAGGAAACGAGCUGGCAGCACACUUGCUGGGCAAGGAAGAAGAGAGGAGACAUCAGAAGGAAUGGAGUGUCCAGGAAGAAGCAGCACUGCGUUUUGAGCAAGAAAGGGAACUUGAAGAACUAGAGCUUGAAAGACAGCGUAAAGAGAGGGAACAGCAGUAUGUGGAGGAGCAGAGGCGGCGGGCGGAGAUGGAGGAGCAGAGGCGGCGGGCAGAAAGGCCGAAGGAAGUGUCGGUGGAGACAUCUCAGUACCAAAGACAUUAUGAGCAUUAUGAAGGAUCUAAAACAAUAGAGGACCGACCUGGCCAUCCUCUCAUUGAGAGGCAUUAUGAACGUUAUGAAACUUCCAAAACCAUUGAGGAGCAUCCUGGUCAGUCAUUGUCUGACAGGAAUAAAUCCAAGUCAACUUCAGAAUUGAAUGAAUUCACUGCAAACAGAAAUGGUACUCAGGGCAAGCAUUUGGAGAGGUCUUGGAACACGGGUGACCUGCAGAAGGGAUCUCAGAAGGAGCACAGUCUGUCUGCGGCAGAGUUAGAGAGACAACAAAUCCUUCAGGAAAUGAGAAAGAGAACAUCUCUACACACGGACAGCAGUUGGAUUAGGCAGCGCAGUGCCAGUGUACAUAAGGAGCCUAUUAGUCUGUACGGCAAUAGUAUGAGGAGAGGGGAGUCUCUGGACAACCUUGAUUCUCCAAGAACAAGUUCAUGGAGACACCAUUCGUGGUUAAACCAGUCUGCCUCCACUUCAUCUCUGUCCUCUAGUCAAGAUCUCAGUCGCCCAGUGUCCACUUCAAACCGAGCCUACAUGUGCACUCCUUCCUCUGCCAAAGCACCUCCUGUGGCCUCCUCUGUGAGGGCCCCAUCUGUGUCCCAGCCAGCCCCCCGGGUUCAGUCUCCCAUCUCUGCUUCCCAGACAGGGUCGCAGACACGCAGCAGGUCAGUCAGUGGGAAGAAAAUCUGUUCAUACUGUAAUAACGUUCUGGGCAAAGGAGCAGCCAUGAUCAUUGAGUCUCUUGGUCUUUGUUAUCAUUUACAUUGCUUUAAGUGUGUUGCCUGUGGAUGUGACCUUGGGGGAUCCCGCUCUGGAGCUGAAGUCAGGAUCCGAAACAACAAACUCUUCUGCAACGACUGCUAUAUCAGAUUUAAAACUGGACAACCAACCUCCAUGUGAAGCAAACCUAGAUACGAAACCACAGUUGCAGAUAAAAGAAGAGGUGAUUGCUGCUGAUGUAGAUCUAUAAAUAUAUAUAUUGUGUGUAUGUGUGUUUUUUCUAAGAGUAACUCUUUUGCUUGUCUAGUCUUCAUAGCAAUGCAUUAUAUUCCUCAUACAACUGUAUUUUUAUUUAUGAUAAAGUAAUUGCAGUAAGGAAAUAUCUGGGGAAGAUGCUUUUACUUUUACAGCUUCAAGUACUGAGAGCACAAGGGAGAAUAUUUUCAAUAAUAACUUCAAAAUAUUUUUGAGGCUUAUAAUCAACUAGUUGACUUUCCAAUGGUAUAUGAAGAGGGUUUUUUGUUUCUAAGCUCUCAAAAUGAGCAUUAGAGAAAUAGUUAAUAUAAAUAUAUAUUUGCAGUUGCUGUCUUUAUUUUUGACAUAUACUGAGAGUGAAUUCUCUAGGUUAAUACGAAGCUGCGUUUAAAUGCACACAAAUAUGUUCGCUUUCCAUAUGCUGGUUUCUAAAAUUGUGCUUUUUGAAACUUCAAUACAAAGAAUAAUCUGUUUGCUCAGUGGUGAUGGCAUAAUAUUCUGUGGAAUCCAUUUAAUGGAAAGAGUUCUCUUUUCCUAUUUGAAAAAUGUAACUAUCUUUUUUUCCUGCACAAACUAGAUGGAGAAUGGUUAUUGAAUUACAGUAUAUUUGUAAAUAAAAUUUCUGAUGUUGCAUUUA